AUGGCGCGCGCAGGUGGGCGGGGGGACGGGCGGCUCUGGAAGCCCAGGGUCAGCUGGCUGGCCGUGGAUGCGCUGUCUGGCGCCAUAGGAGAGAUCGCCUCCCUAGUUGUGCUGUGCCAGGCGCGCGGCACCAGCGCGGCGGUGGUGGUGGGAGAGCUGCGCGCGCUGGGGUGCAGCGCCCGCGCCGCGCGCCAGCUGUACGCCGGCUGCGGCACCGCCGCCGUCUGCUCCGCCGCCAUCGGCGCCAUCUACCUCCUGGCCUUCUACUCAGCCAAGCGGCUGGGCGCAGCAGCCAUGGCCGCGCGGCAGCAGCAGCAGUCGGUGGCGGGGUGGCAGCAGCCUGGCGGCGCGCGCGGUGCCGCCGUCGCCGCCGCCCGGCCGGGCGACAACAGCGCCGCCGUGCAGCCGCCGCUGAGCCCUCUGGUGGCGACGCUGGCGGGCGUGGCCGCGUCGCUGGCGGGUUCGGUGUUCGAGGCCCCCAUGGAGAUGUUCAAGCUGCGCACGCAGGCCGGCGCGCUGCAGGGCCCCAUGCUGGCCGCCAUGCUGGCAGAGGCCUCCUCCCGCGGCCUGGGCGGCCUCUACGCCACCUACGCCGCCUUCAUGCUCAAGAGUAUACCCUACGACGUGGCUGAGCUGGCAACCUACAGCCAGAUGUGCGACUGGCGCGCGGCAGCGGCAGCCCGGGCCGCCUCGCAGCAGCAGCAGCAGCAGCAGCAAGAAAGCGGCUCGGCAGGCGUGCCCUCGCACCAGGCGCCGGCCGGGUGGCAGGAGCGGGUGGGCGGCGCGCUGGCUGCCAUGCCGGCGAGCACAGGAGACAUGCUGAUAGGCGCCGCCGCGGGCGUGGCGAGUGUGCUGGUCAGCAUGCCCUGUGAUGUGAUCAAGACGCGGAUGGACCUGUCGCCCCCCGCCUGCCCCGGCGGCCCCUCCGGCCUCGCCUGCUCCGCCCGCGCCUUUGUGCAGACGGGGCGCCAGCUGGCGGCGGCCGGCGGCCUGCAGGCGCUGUUCACCGGCGUCGCGCCCCGCCUCCUCCAAAACGUGCCCUCCUGCAUGGUCUACUGGGCGGCGGUGGAGGGCACCCGCCGCUUCAUGCUGCGCCACUUCGAUGUCGCGGGCCCAGCGGAGGGCGGCGAGGCAGGCGGCGCCGUUGAGGCCGCGGUCGCCGCCGCCAGCAGCGGCAGCAGCAGCAGCAGCAGCAGCAGCAGCAGCAGCCUGGGCGACGCCGGCGGCAGCAGCAGCAGCAGCCUGGGCGACGCCGGCGGCAGCAGCAGCGCCAGCCUGGGCGGCGGCAGCUUCUGCCUGCCCACGCGCGUGGCGCCUGCCGCGCCCAAGCUGGCGCCGCUGGCGCGCCCCGCGGUGCUCCCGAUGCCGGUGCCUGUCCCCGCGCUGGUGUGA